AUGGCUUCCAACGAGAAAAUGGACGUCGAGAAAGCCCCUAGCCCUGGCGACAGCCAGCCCGAGGUGCUGGUCGGUGAGGUCAGAGACAUCCACAACGCCGACGCCGCCCUCGACUUUCUACGAAACGGAGGCGAUGUUAGCUUAAUGACUUCUGAGGAUGAGCGCAGACUCAAACGCAAAAUUGACUGGCGUAUCGUGCCCCUCAUGUUCGCCUGCUACAUUCUUCAAUACCUCGACAAGACUUUGAUCAACUACGCGAACGUCAUGGGCUUGCAGAAAGACACGAACAUAACAGGUGACCAAUACUCACAGCUGGCCAUGAUAUUUUACGUAAGCUACUUGGCGUUCGAAUUUCCCCACGCUUGGGGCAUGCAGAGGUUUCCAACCGCGAAGUACAUUGGAAUCAUGGUUUGCCUGUGGGGCGCGGUAUUGGCAUCCACUUCAGCUUGUCAUAACUGGGCUGGACUAGUUGUGACGAGAGUCCUGCUGGGUGUCUUUGAAAGCGCUGUUGCACCUUCACUGAUUGUGAUUACGACCAUGUGGUACAAACGACAGGAACAACCUCCCCGCAUGGGCAUUUGGUAUCUCGGCACAGGAGGCGGUACCAUCGUCGGUUCUCUGAUCUCCUUCGGCUUCCAGCACUAUUCUAGCACUGGGUUUACUUCCUGGCAGAUCAUGUUCCUCAUAUGCGGCUUGAUCACUAUUGCCAUUGGUGUCACAGUAAUCCUAGUUCUCCCCGAUAACCCCAUGAGCGCCCAAUUUCUCUCGCAAGAAGAAAAGGUUUGGGCCAUUGAGCGUCUGCGGGGAAAUCAAACAGGCGUUGAAAACAAACACUUCAAGUGGCCGCAGUUCAUCGAGUGCUUCACUGAUCCACAAACUUACCUGCUGGCACUCAUUACAAUUGCUUCGAGCGUACCCAAUGGCGCUGUAUCAUCGUUUCAGGCUACUAUCAUCAAGGGAUUCGGAUACACUUCCAAAGAGACAGCACUGUUAUCUAUACCGUCGGGUGCUGUUAGUAUUGUUUCGAUUCUAGCUGCGACAAACAUGGCAGGCCGUUUCAACCAGCGAGCUCUCAACGUUGUCUGUCUUCUUGUCCCUGGGGUCAUCGGUGCAGCCCUAAUGGCAUUCCUUCCCGACAACAACAAGGCAGGGAAACUCAUCGGCAACUACAUGACGAACUGCAUUGGCGCGACACUUCCUCUCUUGUAUUCUUUGGUUGGCGCCAAUUAUGCCGGGCACACGAAAAAGGUUACAAUGAAUGCUACCUUGCUCAUUUGCUUCUGUGUUGGAAACAUUAUUGGCCCCCUAACCUUUACAGCCGAAUCUGCCCCUGCCUAUAUUCCUGCAAAGACGGCGAUUAUUGUCACAUGCGCCUUGGCCAUGAUUUUCACCUUGAUGCUAAGGUCUUACUACAUCUGGGAGAACAGGCGACGCGAGAGACUUGUUGAAAAUCGGGAACUUGGGCAUUUGAAGGAUAUUGAGUUCAGUGACAUGACCGACCGCUUGAACAAGGAGUUUAGAUAUACACUAUAA